UAGCUUACUUUCAGAAUUUUUCCCUUUAAAAUGGAGGGUGAGAGAUGUUCCUGUGCCACAGGUCCGGCAACACAAUAUCCAAAGAGUAUAUUCCCAUCUUGGGAUGCUACGCCAUACACAGAAAAAAAAAUAUUGCAAGGAAAACAAUAUUAAAUACCGUAGCUAAUCUCUUGAUGAUCCAUUCUAAGCCAAUGGUGUCACUCCAGCUGUCAUGUAAUCAGGUGGGGCAUACUCCAGAACCACCUAGUUUGAAACACCUGGCCAUCCUGAUAAUGUUUGCAAUAUCAUAUCCAGAUUUCAGCCACACAAGCAAUGCCAUGUGGCAACAUCUGUCACUAAUUAUCAUCAUGCUAUCGCUUUCAUUAUCUAGGAUGAUAGUAUUUUAUUGGAGCUCAAGACCAGGAGGAGGAGGGCAAAACAAGCAGAGAGCAGAUCAAGCAAAGCUUAAACACUAAUUAAUCAUGGCAACCAGCUCAGUUAUGGCUUCAUCAAUGAGCCUGAAACCAGCUCCUUUUACAGUCAAGAAACCUUCUCUCCCAAGUCUUUCAAGGAGAUCAUCUUUCAAAGUUGAGGCUAGUCGUUCGAGGAAGUCCAAGACUGAUCAGCCUUAUGGAAUCAAUGGCGGCAUGGAUUUAAGGGGUGGGCUUGAUGCUUCUGGGAGAAAGGGCAAGGGAAAGGGAGUGUACCAAUUUGUUGACAAAUAUGGUGCUAAUGUCGAUGGAUACAGCCCUAUCUACGACCCCAAGGAUUGGUCUCCAAGUGGUGAAGUUUAUGUUGGAGGCACUACUGGUUUGUUGAUCUGGGCUGUUACCCUAGCUGGCCUUCUUGCAGGGGGAGCACUUCUUGUUUACAAUACAAGUGCCUUAGUACAGUAGAGUUCUGUCAUCAUAUCCUAUCCUAAUCUCUGUGUAUUACUUUCCCUUUUGAUGAAUUCGCCUGUACCUUGUAACAAUUUCCGUGGAUUAAUAAUAACUAGUGUAAGAUAUACUUGUUGCUCUUCAACUAAA